AUGGUGCUUUCAAUGCAAAGAUGGAUCGGCAAAAUAGCAAUCGUCACGGGUGCUAGUUCCGGGAUUGGGGCGGCCAUUGCUGACCACCUUGUUGAAAAAGGAUUGAUUGUGGUGGGUUUAGCACGGCGGUCCGAACGAAUCGAAAAAAGAUCGAAAGCACUAGAUGGGAAAAAAGGGAAACUGUAUGCAGUCAGAACCGACAUGAGUAAAGAAGAAGAAAUUUUACGAGCAUUCCAGUGGGUUGAAAGCAAUCUAGGACAUGUGCACAUUUUGAUAAAUAACGCGGCGGUACUGAAAGAAAGUUAUCUUCACGAAGGGAAGACAGAAGAUUGGAGAGCCACUUUAGACGUGAAUGUUCUAGGACUAUGCACUGCCACAAGAGAAGCGUUUAAAAUAAUGCGUGCAAAUGGAAUUAGUGGACACAUUAUAAACAUCAACAGCCUCAUUGGUCAUAAAUUGGCUAACAUACCCAUUUUCAACGUUUAUUCUGCUAGUAAGUACGCCGUUGGGGCGUUGUCUGGUAUUCUAAGGCAAGAGCUGGAUAACUUGAAUUCGAAGAUUAAAGUUACGAGUUUGAGCCCUGGAUUAGUUUCCACUGAGAUGACUGACCUUAAUCCAGAGAACAGUGCUGAGAGGAUCCACUUGCUAAACAGCCUUCCGAUGAUCAAAGCUGAUGACAUUGCAGAUGCUGUGGAUUACGUAUUAUCUACUCCAGAAAACGUACAAAUUCAAGAACUGAUUAUAACUCCUAUUGGUGAGAAGUUGUGAGAAACCCGGUCUGUAUUUUUACAUGUCUUAUGUAUGUUUUUGAAAUUA